CCGAUCUUUGGAAACGAGGUUGUUGAUUUGGUAUACGAUACAUCAUUUAUUUGUCUAAGCUGAAUUCGGAGAAAAGACGUCAGAAACAUGAUUGUUUUUACUGUUUUUCAUGGAUCAGCUGAUCCUAUGCCACGUUAUUUUAAUAAACUUUGCAAACAUCGUGGACUGUAGAUGUGUGCUUUAUCAUCAUAAUUAAAUGUUUUCGUCGGGAAAAGGUAGAAACUGAUCUGCAUAAUUUUUGCUUGUGUACGGAAGAGCUGUUCUGCUCCUCAAGCGCACUGGGGCUCCAGCGGAAGGCUGUGGCAUCGACAGGCCGUAAUUGCUCCGUAAGCUGUAUUGGAAAAUUCGCUGUGCGACUGAGCUGAGCUGUGUACUGCAACAUUCAUUCUGAAUCCUGACUCAUCUCACUAGGAUAACCAUGGUUUGAUCAUCAUUUAUUAAUCAGUCUACAUAACUUUUUAUAAGACUUUGGGUUGUUUCCAGGCGGGUGUAAAACUUCACCGAAGUUAUGGAGAGUCCUCCCAGUUCUCCAUCUGCACGAUCGUAUGAUUAUUUGCUGAAGUUUCUCCUGGUUGGCGACAGUGAUGUUGGGAAAGGUGAAAUCAUGGGAAGGUUGGAAGACAGUGACAGUGAACCUGGAUCACCAUAUUAUGGCAAUAUUGCCGCAACAGGCAUUGAUCACAAGACAACAACAAUAUUACUAGAUGGAAAGAGAGUCAAAUUACAACUAUGGGAUACGUCAGGCCAAGGCAGAUUCUGCACUAUCCUGAGAUCGUACUCGCGUGGCGCUCAGGGCAUCCUACUGGUCUACGACAUCACAAGCAGGUGGUCAUUUGAUGGCAUAGCGAGGUGGAUCAACGAAAUCGAUGAGCAUGCACCGGGAGUACCCAAGAUCCUCGUGGGUAACCGUCUCCAUCUUGCCUUCAAGCGUCAGGUGAGCGGAGAGGAGGCCCAGGACUACGCCAUCAGGAACGAGAUGGCCUACUUCGAGGUCAGCCCGCUCUGCGACUUCAACGUGACAGAGUCGCUGACGGAACUGUCGCGUCUGGUGCUUAAACGCAACGGCAUGGAGAGGUUAUGGAGAACAAAUAAAGUGCUAAGCCUCCAGGACUUCUGCUGCCGGACCAUCGUGAACUGUACCUCCACCUACUCCAUCGACAAACUGCCCAUCCCGAUGUCGCUGCGCUCGCGGCUCAAGUCCUUCGCCGACGCCAACCACAUGCACAGAUACAUGCUGCCCCCGCUGGACAUCCGCUCCAAGAAGCGCCGGACGAUACUCAACGCUCAGGACCCGCCGUAUUCAGCGCGAAAGAGUUGCAUAGUGUCAUGACAACGGGGAUGCCAGUGGCUACGCCGAAUCGGUGCCGAGUGCCGCUGGACAAAAUGAACGUUUUUAUGGAAACGAUAUACUUCCUGUGGUAGCGGGGAAGAGCGCCAUCCAGUUUUAUAUACUCACUGCAAUAUUCUAUGAGUAAUCCUAUUCCUACAUUUUGCCACUGGAAUUUAUCCUUGCAUUUUUGUAUUAGCUUUUAUAGAAUUGUGUGUUCGAUAAAAACCAUGAGAAUAACCAUGGUGAAUUUGUGUUUGUAUUUGGUCUACCACAUACCAUAAAGGGUAGAGCAUUUUUUGUUACGCUAGGGCAGUUUAUUAUAGUAUGAUAAUUCUUUACCCGUUCCCAUUUUCUUCUUAUUCUAGACUAAUGCUUUUUUGUGUGUUUGUUCCUUGUUUCUGAAAAUUCUCUCGACAAUCAUUCAAUAAACAUUUUUACUAAUUUCAUACACACUUUUUGAACAAAAUUUUGUCUUGACAUCUAUAAAGCUUUUAUGCUUUCCUGACAUAGCAACAGAUAAUGUACAUGUAUGCAAUGUGGAUUCCAUCCAUACAAAUGCCAUUUUUCAUAGCAGGCGAAUGAAAUUGCCUGUAAAUAGGGGUUAGGGAGAGGAAUACAAUAGUAAACGGAUCAAUUUGUCAGUGUUUCGUUUAUGAAUCGACAAAUCUGUCAUAAAAACAUAAAUGUACAAAUUCAUUGGUUCAUAAUAUCGACGGCAAAUUAUGCUAACCACCAUUUUGUAUUUACGUUAUCAUUGGCUCUCUGAACCCAGCAGUAUCUUCAUGUUUGUACUGAAGAAGGAAGAUGCACUUCAGGUUAACAUAAAUGAAAAGCCAAGAUGAGAUGUAUAAACACAGCUUUGAGGUAAUGAUUUCAAGUCAUAUACACUGAUUAUCAUGGUGAAAUUCCUAUAUAUGGUGUUAUUGGUCAAUAGCACUUUCAAGGUCACAAGUUCAUAACUGUGCGACUUACUACCCUUCUCAAUUUAAAAAAAAAUCUCAAACAUAUACUUAUCAUUUAAUUCAAUCAGCCAUUCCUCAAUAUUGCAUUUCCCCUAAAAUGUAUUAACAAUUGAAUUUCUAAUAAUUCAGUGAAUCAUAAGAUAUCAUAACCCCAGUUAUUUUGUAUUUAUUACCAGUCAUCAUUGUAUACCAAAGUCAUAACAUAAUGUAGAACAUGAUAUUGACUGUGUAUUGUUUUGAAGUGGUAUCCCACAUCCGCUAGCGCAAAUCGUAUAGGUGGUUAAUGAAUGCGUCGUUCAGUUUAUUUUGUCGUUUCUACUUUUAUGCAGAAAUAUGCAAACAAAAUUGACAGGGUUCUAUGUAGAUGUGAUGACUUUUUGUAGACAUUGCAUUUUUUUUUACAUCGGAUAUUGUACUGUUGUUAGAUGUGGCCUGUUUAUUAUUCUAUUCCAGCUCAUGGCGUUGGAAGCUUGUCCCACAAAUGUUAUAAGAAACUAAAAACUCUUCAUCAUUUUUCUCUUCUACGUCUUGCCCUUAUUCCUUAUUCCACACUUAAGUAUCUUCUUGUUCUGUUUUCUUUUGAUAAAGGCUGUCAUAUUGUGUUAUAAACAAAUUUCACUUGUGAAUACUUCACUCAUGUGGAAACCUGAAGAGAACAUCAAUUACAAAA